AAAAGUUUAUAAUUGCUUGAUUUCAUGGGAAAGAACGCGGAAAGGAGAUGGGGCACAUAUUCACAUCACAGUCCUCUUCUGCAAUUGUAGUUAGUUAGUUAGCUAGUAUCAACAACAUUCAACAACACAACAUAACUCAUUGGGACAAUAAUAGAUCAAACACUAUUAUCAUUGCAAUAAUGGCUUUGAAAACCAUUUCACUCUCACUAAUCCUCACUCUCAUUCUCAUCUUCUUCAUCACAAUCCCUCUCUCUGGAUCCCUCUCAAUCACAACAACUUCUCCUCUUCGUAGAUCACUUCUCAACAAAAUCACCCCAUCUUGCCCCAUUCAAUCCAAUGGCGGCAUCCUCAACUACCACUGCAUUUUCCCUCAAACUCCAAUCCUCUCAAUCCCCUCCCUCUCCAUUCUCCUCAUCCUCCAUUUCUACAUCCUCAUCAAAACCGCCUCUCACCAUUUCUCAAUCGUCACUACAAAACUCGCUUCUCAUCUCAAUCUCUCUCCUAGCAUGGCCGCCGUCACACUUCUCGCUCUCGGUAACGGCUCUCCCGACGUCUUCUCAUCUCUCGCUGCUCUUCGCGCCGGUCAAUACCGUACCGGCUUCGGCGCUAUACUUUCCGCCGGUGCUUUCGUCUCUGCUCUUGUUGUCGGCUUUGUCGCGAUCUACUCAGCUCCUUUUCCCGUUGAUCCGGCGCCGUUUGUUAGAGAUGUUUUGUUCUACUUAACUGCUGCUAUGUUUCUGUUUUAUGUUUAUCUUAGUGCUGAGAUUUUUCUAUGGCAAGCCGUUGGAUUCGUUGCGUUCUAUCUUUUCUUUGUUGUUUUUGUGUUCUACAUGGAUUUGGGAAUGGCCAAUCGGAGGGAAAAGAGUUCUUCGGAUCUUGAGGGACAGAUUGAUUCCUAUUACGACGUAAAAGCGUCGGGAUCUGUUGAAAAAGAUAAACACGCUUCUGGAUUUCUUGGAUCUUUUCGUUUGAUUUCCAAGGCAUGGGAGCUUCCUGUCUCAACUUUCUUAAGAUUGACAAUCCCUCAACCAGCACCAUUGCAAUGGAGCAGAUUUUAUGCAUCAGCCAAUAUCGCUCUUUGUCCACUAGCCCUCUUGUAUGCAUGCAACUCAUUUGUGCCACUUAAUCAUCCGAUAGUUUUCCUCCUCCCUAAUACUCUUUUCCCUCUGUGGUCCGUAGUGUUCAUGACAAGCUUCUCUCUUGCAUUUCUCCAUUUUGUGUUGGAAAAAGAACCCCCAAAAGCAGAGCAUUUGCCUGUGGUGGUUGUGGCCUUCGUUAUGAGCGUGUUUUGGAUAUCUACCACAGCUGGAGAGCUGGUGAAUUGCCUUGAAGCUUUAGGCACGCUUCUCAAACUGCCGCAGGCCUUCCUAGGUCUUACAGUGCUGGCAUGGGGAAAUUCAGUGGGGGAUCUUGUUGCUGAUGUUGCAGUUGCUAAAGCUGGUCAUCCUGCAAUGGCAAUGGCCGGAUGCUUUGCUGGACCAAUGUUUAACAUGCUUGUUGGUCUUGGAACUGCUUUGGUCAUACAGACGACAAAUAUAUAUCCUAAAGCUUAUGAACUUAAUUUCCAUGUUGGUAUAGUGAUUGCAUUUGUAUUCCUGCUUUUAAGCCUCAUGGGGUCUCUCUUGGUAAUCACUUGGUCUCGGUUCCGAGUGCCUAAGUUUUGGGGAUUCUGUCUCGUAGGCCUCUAUAUUGUUUUUAUGGCAGCGAGUUCAGCAGUAGCCAUCUUUUCAAGUUGAUUGUUUAUACUUCAUAGGAAGAUUUAGAUAGGCCUGUUCAAAAACACAAGUUCUCUUGAACCAUAUCCAAAACCAAAAUGUAGCACUUUAAAAAUACCCAAACUAUUUAUGAAGAAAACUGGCCCGUUCCGUUUUGUGCAAAAAAUCCAGUUCUUGAUACCUGGUUUCUCCUUGUCUCUCACACUCAAAACUCAAAUUCACAAACCACAGCCAAAAAACCCUAACUAACCCCUAUCCCCUAAUCUGAAACCCAAUCUCUUUGAUAUCUCCCUGUAAUUCCUUAAUAAAUCCAACUAAUUGCUCGUGACUCCCUUAGUGCAUUCUCAAAUACCCUUGAUUUUGUUUAUUUGAGUUACUCAGAUUCAUUCAUGGUCUAAGCUCAUUGAUUGUGCACUUUCUCACGAUUUCAUUUGUGUGAUAUUUUCUUCUUUCUCUAUUGAAGAUUAAGCUCGGUUCCAGAUUGAAGCUUAUUCCAGCAAAUUUCAGUUUGGUGUUUCACUCUCCAUGAAGUUUUGAAGGUCAUUUUCUGCAGGUGUUGCAAUCUUGAUGCCUACACCAGAGCAUCAAAUGGAAAAAGAGAUGAAAAAGGUUUUCAAUUCAAGAAGGCCUGUCGGGCAACAGAACAAGCUUUUCUCAAUGACGAAGAGCAGCGAGGUAACUGUAGACAAGUAAUGUUGGAACUAUGUGAAAAGCAUGAGGAAUAGCAAUGGAAAGUGGAACCAGAAGUUUAUGCAUAUUUGACACCUGGAAAUUUGUUGCAAGUACAUCCCGGAAGCACCUGUUCUUGUUAGUUGUUUCCACUAGUCAAAUGAUGUAAUCAAAACUUCAUGAACAAAUUGCAUUAACCACACGAAAUUAGCUAAGAGCAUUUGGCUGUAUUUUAUUCUACAGUGUGGGUGUAUUAGUUUUGUUGCAAGUAUGCAUUUCUUUGUCACUUUUACAUGGUGGUCAGAAUUACAAAAGCUGGAGUGGGGGAUAAUAGUUCUUUACUUCUUGGGAGCAAUUAUUUCUACACAUUUCUAAAAAGUUUUAGAUAUUUUUCGAAGUGAACUUUUGGACGGUAUAUUUUGUUUGGAAGUGUACUUUUGAUUGCACAAAACUUGGAAAGUUUCUCCUUUCUAUAUUGUUGCAUUGCUUGGUUAAGAAGCAGUUUUCCGGGCAAGUUUUAUAAACCAAAUUUUUAGGACCAGUGUUAGGAACCCAGGUGGGCCAAAUGGGUUGUUGGCACAACAGCAACUCCCAAGCUUGGUAUGCAGCAGGUUAAUACUAGAAGGAAUAGGAAAGAACUGAGUGGGGUUGUCCAAGUGGCAGAGGGAGAGAGAUAAAAAGCGUAUUGAUAUUCUGUUAUAUGGGUGCUGAGAGGGAGAGAUUAUCAGGGAGAUCAUACAGUUUGCUAGAAGCAGAGAACACUAGUUCAAUGAAGGAGCUUAUAUCUGUGGACAACAGGAUCUUCUUCCUGUUAUAUUUUAUUUUUAUUUUCAUAUAUUUAUUACUCUUUACUGAUAUUUUAUUGAUCUGGUUUAUUUCAUUUGUUGUUUAUGUAAUUCGGGUUGGCAUCAA